UCCCUCCCCCUCCGGAGCGGCCUUUCCUAGAAUAGGCACCAUCUUGAGCCGUUAUUGGCCGCGUCGCUGCGUAUGCACGGAGAGGUUCCUUCUGGGUAAUGUAGACUGCCCGAGCUUCCCGCACAAGUCCGGAGGGCCCUCUCCUAUCACCUUGGCAACGACCAAGCGGCCCUAAGAUGGACGUAGGAAAAUGAUGUCAUGAUAUGGGGCGGGCGCUAACCCAAUGAAAGCUCAAUCUAGGGACCCUUCCGCCCCGUCAGCAGUGAGUGGGGCCGGCUCCGGCUUUUCGGUUCCCGUGCUCAUUCUGCGGCUGUUGGUCUGUUCAAAGUGGCGGGAAAGACGGGCUUUCCAGGAGACCACAAAGGCCCGAGAGGGACAGAGCUCCUCACCACCCCUUCGCGCGCGUCGUAACCCCAGGCAAAUGGCUCCGCCUUCGUGACACUGUCGCCGACAGUGAAACGGCCGCCACGAGUCCCGCGGUCAUCGCACCCCUGCUUCGUCCUCGCGGUUUCCAGGACGGUUCCCUAGUCCUCGGGCACAUUUUACACGGGAGAGACUGGGCUUGGAAAGUUCCACGGUCAGCCCGAGGUCGCUGCUCCCAGGGCGGCGGCGUGGGAAGGGGGCGUGUCGGCUGAGACCGCUGAUUCUUCCGGGUUGGUGCCUCUCUCUGCACCAUUGUGCCCAAAUGUUCCGAUGGCCGGGGUGGCACAGGUGAAUGGAAGGCGCCAGGAUCCCCACCCAGUGGGUCUGGACUCUGAAUGUGCCUCACGAGGAGUAAGGAAGGUUGUGGUAGGUGAAGGGUCAGCAUGUGCGUUGGCAGAGAAGGAAGAGGGCAGGAGAUGUCUGUGUUGUGUGUGUGGUUCCGGGCCGCUGGAGUGUUGAUGCUUGAUACAGAGGCUUUCACCGCAGGGCUAGGGGAUGCCCUUUGCAGUGGGGGCCAUUGGAUGUGUAGAGCUGGACUUGGGCAGCAUGGGACUCUGGUUGCUCAUGCUAGUCGCUGUCAGGACACCAUAUACAGAGCGGCAUGUGGGGAGGCCAGAGAGAUGUCUAUGGGGUGAACUGGUGGGCUUGUGUUGUGGAGUUUUGAGCAUGCUGCGGGACAGAGUCUGACCCUUGUGGGUGGGAGGCAAACCAAAUGGCUCUGAGUUGGAUACUUGAUGUCUAACGGAGAAAGAUAUGUGUAGGCUUGGUUGUGAUCUGGGCGACACAAAGGGAUUUGGCUGGAAUGAGAGAGAGCAGGCCCUAUGUACCAGAACAUACGUGGUCACCAGCCUGUUGUUCCUGUAUGCUGGAUGCAGUGUCCAAUAGCACCAUAGGAAGAGAGAGGCACCAAUGGCACUGGGGCCCUGGCAUCCCACCUGAGGGGUGGAUCUUGGGAGAAGAAAGGUAUGAGGGUGUGUGGUGGUGCUGGUGCUGGUGGUGGUGCCUGGGUCUCACAGAGGAAAAGGAAGUCUUUGGGAGAUGUGGCAGGACCCUGUGUCUCUUAUCAAGUACUUGUAUGUGUCCAUCUGUCCAUAUUUUACCGUGCUUUUUUGCCCAUCCAUUGACCCCAUGGAUCAGCUGAACCCAUCAAUGCAGAACGCAGUGACCUUUGAGGACGUAGCUGUGUAUUUCUCCCGGGAUGAGUGGAGGCUCCUUAAUGUGACCCAGAGGCACUUGUACCAUGAUGUGAUGCUGGAAAACUUUGCGCUUAUUGGUUCACUGGGAGAAUCAAUUGCUGGAGGAGGACAUUAUGUUUGGUGAAGUAAAGAGUCAGUGAGAGUAAAGAAGACUUUCAGUGAGAUGGAUUGGCACAGUAGCCACAACGAUGGACUCGAACAUGCUGGCCAUCAUGAAGGUUGUCUGUGUGGAGCGGAGGAUGAGGGAGCCCCUCUCGAGCAUGUGAAGAGCUUCAGAGCCUACCUUUUAAAGAAGCCCUUUAUGCAUGGGGAGUCUGGGAAGGAUGUUCCAGUCAGAUUGGGCUUCUUCCAUCUUCAGGCUACUCACAGUGGAGAGAAGCCACACAGGAGCACCAAGUGCAGAGAGGCCUUCUCACACAGCUCCAGUCUCAAGCAGCAGCAGGGAGUCCAUGCUAGACAGGAUCCCUUUAGGUGCAGCAACUGUGGAAAAGCCUUCUUGAAGGCCUUUGCUCUCCUGGAUCACCUGAUAACUCACUCUGAAAAGAGAUCAAACACAUGCCCAACAGGAAGAAAUGCUUCUAAAGAUAAAUCAAUCCUUGUUAGUCCCCAAAAAAUUCACAAUAGAGAAACAUCCCAUGUGUGUAAUGACUGUGGGAGGGCCUUCAGUUACCCAUCUAAAUUGAGGAAGCACCAGAAAGUUCACACUGGAAUAAAACCUUUCAAGUGUAGUGAAUGUGGGAAAACCUUCAACCGCAAAGAUGCUCUUGUUCUGCACAAGAGAAUUCACACAGGAGAAAGGCCUUAUGAGUGCAGUAAAUGUGGGAAAGCUUUCAGUGUUCUGUCUACCCUCAUUCGACACCAGAAAGUUCAUAUUGGAGAAAGGCCCUAUGAGUGCAGGGAAUGUGGGAAAUUCUUUAAGUAUAGUAACAGCUUCAUUCUUCACCAGAGGGUUCACACUGGAGAGAGGCCAUUUGAGUGCAACCAAUGUGGGAAGACCUAUGUAACCCACUCUGGGCUAUAUCAGCACUGGAAAGUUCACACUGGAGAACGGCCUUAUGAAUGCAGCCUGUGUGGGAAAGCCUUCACUACCAGGUCUUACCGCAAUCGGCACCAGCAAUUUCACACUGAAGAGAGGUUGUAUGAAUGUACAGAAUGUGGGAAAGCCUUCAAACAUAGUUCUACCCUCCUUCAGCACAAGAAAGUCCACAGUGGAGAAAGGCCUUAGGAGGACAGGGAUGUGGGAAAGCCUUUAGCCAUGGCUGUCACCUUGUCCAACAUGAAAGGUCUUACUUCAGACAGGCGAUCAAGGCGAGUAGCCUUUAUGAGGAUCUGGGAGAAGCUAAACCUCAUAUAUCCCAACACUUACCUUGGGGAGAUUCACUGUAAGUGCCAGGUAUUUGGGGAGGCUUUUAGGAGCUUCGUCAUAAUUUUUGACAUGCCCAGUGUCCUUGGCAGACAUGUCACUGCCAGUGCCUGUGGAAGAAACCAUCCUGCAUUUAUCAUCUGAAGGUCCUCACAGUGUGUGCCAGUCUCCCCAACAUGCCCACGGAAGGCAAACUUCUGUAUUUGUUCUUCUGUACCCAGGAGAGAAUCAUGAGUGAUCAAGCUCAUGUGGAGCUUUCAUUCCCUCCCCACUGACUGGUUUAGGUGAAGACAUGACCCAGCUCCGGCUAAGGGGACCUGAGCCAGUAUGUGCAGGGGACUUCCGGAGAUGUUUUGUCUUCUUCAUGGACACUGUUGACACUACAUGUACUAUCUGUCAUAGAUUUGUCCAACCCUGGAACAGACUGCUUUGGAAAGUGCAAUAAUAAAGGUCUUAUUGUUUAAGCCA